CAUGCGCAGGCGCGGGCCGGUGGGGUGGUGGUGGCGGCGGCGGCGUCGGCGUCGGCGUCGGCGCCCGGAGCGGCGUGCGUAAUGUCGGCACUUUGCUGGGGCCGCGGAGCGGCGGGGCUCAAACGGGCCCUGCGGCCUUGCGGCCGCCCGGGACUCCCCGCCAAAGAAGGGACCGUCGGUGGCGUCUGCGGCCCCAGGAGGAGCUCGUCCGCCAGCCUCCAGGAGCAAGACCAAGACCGCAGGAAGGACUGGGGCCACGUGGAGCUGCUGGAGGUGCUCCAGGCGCGGGUGCGGCAGCUGCAGGCUGAGAGCGUGUCGGAGGUGGUGGUGAACAGGGUGGAUGUGGCGCGGCUCCCAGAAUGUGGCAGUGGAGAUGGUAGCCUCCAGCCACCCAGGAAGGUCCAGAUGGGGGCCAAGGAUGCCACCCCGGUGCCCUGUGGCCGCUGGGCAGAGAUACUGGAGAAGGAUAAGCGGACCCAGCAGAUGCGUAUGCAGCGGUUGAAGACGAAGCUGCAGAUGCCAUUCCAGAGCGGGGAGUUCAAGGCGCUGACCAGGCGCCUGCAGGUGGAGCCCCGGCUCCUGAGCAAGCAGAUGGCCGGGUGCCUGGAGCACUGCACGCUCCAGGCCCCCGAGAGCCCCUGGGAGGAGCAGCUGGCCCGGCUGCUGCAGGAGGCCCCUGGGAAGCUGAGCCUUGAUGUGGAGCAGGCCCCGUCGGGGCAGCACUCGCAGGCCCAGCUCUCAGGUCAGCAGCAGAGGCUCCUUGCCUUCUUCAAGUGCUGCCUGCUCACUGACCAGCUGCCCCUCGCCCACCACCUGCUGGUCAUCCACCAUGGCCAGCGGCAGAAGCGGAAGCUGCUCACGCUGGACAUGUACAACGCCGUGAUGCUUGGCUGGGCGCGGCAGGGUGCCUUCAAGGAGCUGGUGUAUGUGUUAUUCAUGGUGAAGGAUGCCGGCUUGACCCCGGACCUGCUGUCCUAUGCGGCUGCCCUCCAGUGCAUGGGGAGGCAGGACCAGGACGCCGGGACCAUCGAAAGGUGUCUGGAACAGAUGAGCCAGGAGGGGCUGAAGCUGCAGGCACUCUUCACCGCCGUGCCCCUGUCUGAGGAGGAUCGGGCCACUGUUCUGAAGGCCGUGCACAAGGUGAAGCCCACCUUCAGCCUCCCGCCGCAGCUGCCGCCCCCGGUCAACACCUCCAAGCUGCUCAGGGACGUGUAUGCCAAGGAUGGGCCUGUGUCCUACCCGAAGCUGCACCUGCCCCUGAAGACCCUGCAGUGCCUCUUUGAGAAGCAGCUCCACCUGGAGCUGGCCAGCAGGGUGUGCGUGGUGUCCGUGGAGAAGCCCACGUUGCCAAGCAAGGAGGUCACGCACGCGCGGAAGACCCUGAAGACGCUGCGGGAGCAGUGGGAGAAAGCACUGUGCCGGGCACUGCGGGAGACCAAGAGCCGCCUAGAGCGCGAGGUGUACGAGGGCCGGUUCUCACUGUACCCCUUCCUGUGCCUGCUGGACGAGCGCGAGGUGGUGCGGAUGCUCCUGCAGGUCCUGCAGGCGCUGCCCGCCCAAGGUGAGUCCUUCACCACCCUGGCCCGGGAGCUGAGUGCGCGCACUUUCAGCCGGCACGUGGUGCAGAGGCAGCGGGUCAGUGGCCAGGUGCAGGCGCUGCAGAACCACUACAGGAAGUACCUGUGCCUGCUGGCCUCCGACGCCGAGGUGCCCGAGCCUUGCCUGCCGCGGCAGUACUGGGAGGCGCUGGGGGCGCCCGAGGCCCUGCGGGAGCAGCCCUGGCCCCUGCCAGUGCAGAUGGAGCUGGGCAAGCUGCUGGCGGAGAUGCUGGUGCAGGCUACGCAGAUGCCAUGCAACCUGGACAAACCGCAUCGCUCCUCUCGGCUUGUCCCCGUGCUCUACCACGUGUAUUCCUUCCGCAACGUCCAGCAGAUCGGCAUCCUGAAGCCGCACCCGGCCUACGUGCAGCUGCUGGAGAAGGCCGCGGAGCCCACGCUGACCUUCGAGGCGGUGGAUGUACCCAUGCUCUGCCCCCCGCUGCCCUGGACAUCGCCGCACUCUGGUGCCUUCCUGCUCAGCCCCACCAAGCUGAUGCGCACGGUGGAAGGCGCCACGCAGCACCAGGAGCUGCUGGAAACCUGCCCGCCCACCGCGCUGCAUGGCGCGCUGGACGCCCUCACCCAACUGGGCAACUGCGCCUGGCGCGUCAACGGGCGCGUGCUGGACCUGGUGCUGCAGCUCUUCCAGGCCAAGGGCUGCCCCCAGCUAGGCGUGCCGGCCCCGCCCUCCGAGGCGCCCCAGCCGCCCGAGGCCCACCUGCCGCACAGCGCCGCGCCCGCCUGCAAGGCCGAGCUGCGCCGUGAGCUGGCGCACUGCCAGAAGGUGGCCCGGGAGAUGCACAGCCUGCGGGCGGAAGCGCUGUACCGCCUCUCGCUGGCGCAGCACCUGCGGGACCGCGUCUUCUGGCUGCCGCACAACAUGGACUUCCGCGGCCGCACCUACCCCUGCCCGCCGCACUUCAACCACCUGGGCAGCGACGUGGCGCGGGCGCUGCUGGAGUUUGCCCAGGGCCGCCCGCUCGGCCCGCGCGGCCUGGAUUGGCUCAAGAUCCACCUGGUCAACCUCACGGGGUUGAAGAAGCGGGAGCCGCUGCGGAAGCGCCUGGCCUUUGCGGAGGAGGUGAUGGAUGACAUCCUGGACUCCGCGGACCAACCCUUGACGGGCCGAAAGUGGUGGAUGGGCGCGGAGGAACCCUGGCAGACGCUGGCCUGCUGUAUGGAGGUGGCGAAUGCUGUGCGCGCCUCCGACCCUGCCGCCUAUGUCUCCCACCUCCCCGUCCAUCAGGACGGCUCUUGCAACGGCCUGCAGCAUUAUGCUGCUCUGGGCCGCGACAGCGUGGGCGCCGCCUCCGUCAACCUGGAGCCCUCGGAUGUGCCCCAGGACGUGUACAGCGGCGUGGCCGCGCAGGUGGAGGUGUUCCGUAGGCAGGACGCCCAGCGGGGCACGCGGGUGGCACAGGUGCUGGAAGGUUUCAUCACCCGCAAGGUGGUGAAGCAGACGGUGAUGACGGUGGUGUACGGGGUCACGCGCUAUGGCGGGCGCCUGCAGAUUGAGAAGCGCCUCCGGGAGCUGAGCGACUUUCCCCAGGAGUUCGUGUGGGAGGCCUCCCACUAUCUCGUACGCCAGGUCUUCAAGAGUCUACAGGAGAUGUUCUCGGGGACCCGGGCCAUCCAGCACUGGCUGACCGAGAGCGCCCGCCUCAUCUCCCACACGGGCUCCGUGGUGGAGUGGGUCACACCCCUGGGCGUCCCCGUCAUCCAGCCGUAUCGCCUGGAUUCCAAGGUCAAGCAAAUAGGAGGUGGAAUUCAGAGCAUCACCUACACCCACAACGGAGACAUCAGCCGAAAGCCCAACACACGUAAGCAGAAGAACGGCUUCCCGCCCAACUUCAUCCACUCGCUGGACUCCUCACAUAUGAUGCUCACUGCCCUGCAUUGCUACAGGGAGAGCCGAGCGUGGGCGCUGCCCCUUCCUGCUGGGCAUUUCUUGGCACCACAACGUGUGGUUAGAUCUGGAGCACGUGGAGGUCGUUCCAGCAGAAUCUACCGGCCACGGGAGCUGGGAACGCUCAGGAUGCAGGGUGGUGGCCCUGGCGGGAGGGGACAGCGUAGCCGCCCUCGGAGCUGAGGCUCCCACAGCAGUGCGGGGGGCGGCAGGGGUGGGGCGAGGUGGCUUCUGGGAACAUUUCCUCCCCCUGUGCUGAUGCCAAACCCAGGAUGUUUGGGGAGGGGCGGGGCGGGGCGAGGGGCGGGGCGAGGCUUGCAGGAGGGUGGGCUUCCCUGGACCUCAAGUGGAGGGGGCUGAGCACAGGGCCAGGAUGCUGGUCACCGGGUGGCCCUGUGAGCUCCCCUCCCUUCAGGAGCUCUCCGCUCUGCCACAGGAAGGGCCUGACCUUCGUCUCUGUGCACGACUGUUACUGGACCCACGCAGCUGAUGUCUCCGUCAUGAACCAG